CCUCCCUCCCCCCCCUCCCGCCUCGGCUCUCUUCUCCGCCGCCUGUCCCCUUCCGCUCCGCGCGCCAAACAGGAUCGAUCCCGAGAACAAGACGGAGACUUUUUAAACAAGCGCUAACCGCCCUCUCGCGGAACUGCUGAUCCAAUCCCGGCUGCUCCCAAAUCGUUGUUGCUAGGUGUUUUGGGCUGCUGAGGAAGCGGCAGCGAGGAGAUAUGGGGAAAGCUUCCAAGGACAAGAGGGAUAUAUACUACCGCAAGGCAAAGGAAGAAGGUUGGAGGGCGAGGAGCGCCUUCAAGCUCCUCCAAAUUGAUGAGGAAUUCAACAUCUUUCAAGGAGUGAAGCGUGUAGUUGAUCUGUGUGCCGCCCCUGGUAGUUGGAGUCAGGUGUUGAGUCGAAAGUUAUAUGUUCCAGCGAAGUUGUCUCCAGAGUGUGGGGAUGGCGAUCCGCCUCUUAUUGUUGCAAUUGAUUUACAGCCCAUGGCUCCAAUAGAAGGUGUUAUUCAAGUCCAGGGUGAUAUUACAAAUGCUCGAACUGCUGAAGUGGUCAUUAAACAUUUUGAUGGAUGCAAAGCCGACUUGGUUGUUUGUGAUGGUGCUCCCGAUGUUACCGGACUUCAUGAUAUGGAUGAAUUCGUUCAGUCGCAACUUAUUUUGGCAGCACUGACCAUUGUUACUCAUGUGCUUCGAGUGGGUGGUAAAUUCAUUGCUAAGAUAUUUCGUGGUAAAGAUACAAGCCUCCUCUAUUGCCAACUGAAAUUGUUCUUCUCGCAUGUUACCUUUGCAAAACCGAAAAGCAGCCGUAACUCAAGUAUUGAGGCGUUUGCUGUUUGUGAAAACUAUUCGCCUCCUGAAGGAUUUAAUGAGAAAGAUUUAUAUCACCUCCUGGAGAAAGUAGGGAGUCCUUCAGGGGAUGGUGAUCUAGACUGCAGUAGUGGAUGGUUGGAGGGACCAAACAAGGUUUAUAUUCCGUUUUUGGCUUGCGGGGACCUCAGCGGCUAUGACUCAGACCGUUCAUACCCUCUCCCAAGUAGUGCAGAAGGUGGCUCUUACCAGAGCUUGGAUCCAGUUCAGCCCCCAAUUGCUCCACCAUAUAAGAGGGCGCUAGAACUAAAGAAAGCUUCUAGCCAUGGGGUGGUAGACAUUGAUAAGCUCUCCCUCGAUUCAUGAAUCCCGACAUCUUCUGUAUUUUCUUUGUGAUCAAGCAGUGAUUAUGUUUUAUUGCUCCCGUAGUUGUACGGAGAACCUUUUCUAUUUAUUUAUGCCCGGUGGUAGCCUUUAAAGAUAUGUACUCACAGAAUAUUAUGGAGAUGAUGCAAUUUUGGGUUUCACUGGUAUUGCUAACCCAUUUCUCGUCUUUUAUUCUGAUUCAAUGGAGAAUUACUGUUUGCUUA